GAAAACAACCGAAAACAUCAUCGAGGCGAGAGUACGCUACGGCGUCGACGUCGCGAAAAGCACUUUUGCUUGUCAUAGUCUACCCACGUGAUGCCACUACGUCAUUAAGAAAGAAGUUAUGACAGGAUCGGAGGUGUCAUAAAUAUUUAGUGAGGUUGUUGUACCCGAUCUUGGUAAAGAGGGCUUCGUGAAACGGUUAAGAACCAUGUCAGGUUGAUGUAACACAUUGAUUACAAAUGCCAAGCUUUCUCGGACUAGCAUCUCUGGAAAAGCUGUGUUCUAGCAAAAUAAAUUCUCCAGCAACGAGUUAACGUUGAAUCAGAACCCGUAGGACGUCAAGAUGGGGGAUCACAACAACGAUGAUCAGAGCAGGGCUCCGCCGAAUCCACUCAAAUCAAGAAGAUCAAACGUAAAAGCUUUUGUGUCGUUCAAGAACAGCACGGACAGAAUCGUUGAUGUGAUAUGGAUGAACUUUGCUGGGCAGAGACAGACGUACACAGAGAACGGUCUUGCACCAGGGCGUCAGCUGAACAUGCACACCUUCGAGGGGCACCCAUGGAUUGUACGAGACAAGGUCACAGGAGACACGUUGGAGUUUGUUGAUCAUGGUGUCGGAAGGCUGAUCUACAUGCCAGAGCGGUGGGACGGAGAAAGGUUUUAUAGGGCUCCAAUCAUCAAGAUAAGAGUUCCAAUCUACAGCCUAUACGAGAGAUCGUUACAAAUCGUCAGACAGCUAAUCCACAACCAAGACAAUGUCGACGAACUUGAGAUCCCUAAACAAGUCAAGUAUGAUCUCUGUCACGUGCGGGACAUCAUUCCGCAAGCUCCGUGAAAACCAUCAUCGUACUACCUCGUUCCCGCCGUUUUGCGAUCCAUCAAAAUGCCACGGUUGGCACUUCGUAAGUAAUCACGAAAAUUUGGGAACCAUCAAAUUUUUUUAUGGUCAAUACGAUUGCCGCGAUGAUCUGAUACGAUCACAAGGAUUGCUCCAUGAGUAAGACCACCGUGGCGUGAAUCAUGACAGUGCGAACUAGGAAUGAGACGAUUGAUGAUCUUGAACUUCCCACCCUGAUCUAUUUGAUAGAUUGUUGCCUGCUGGAUCGGGUCUGUCAGGUGAGAAAAACAGAGUUCCGCGAUUAUUGGGUGAAGCGUAUGGGAAGAACACGGCAGGAAGAGGGUUAAGGUAAUUGAAAGUGUUCUCGAAGUUGCGUGAAAAUCCUUCAGUGAUGGUGCUCCUGCUGGAUAAGGUCUGUCAGGUGCACAAAGCGUCUGAGAAAAACAGAGUUCCGCGGUUAUUGGGUGAAGCGUACGGGAAGAACACGGUACAGCAGGGAGAGGGUUAAGGUACUGGACUGUGUUCCUGAAGUUGCGUGAAAAUCCUUCAGUGAUGUGACAUCGAAAUUACACUACUGCCUUCAUAGGGCUGAUCUCCGAUAUCAGCAGAGGGAGAGAACCAAGAAGAAAGAAGGCAAUGUCAAGGACUUCAAUCGGUCAUCCUUGAUAGAUUGAAAAGUCACCUAGUGUCCCAGGAUGGUCAGCUGUGCACAUAGCUUUAUAGGAGGAAAUCUGUACUCAGCAGCAGGGGGGUCGUACUGUUGGUACAGGAUAGCGCUUCCCAAGUUGUGUGAAAAGCAUUCAUGGAGAGCAAAGUGAAGAUCAAACACCUGUAGCCCUUGAUCAAUUAAAUUGUUGCCUAUAGCUAUAGGAAUACGAUGAUCAGUGUGCCAUGCGCAUGAGAAGAACAGAAUUUCGCCAAACUGUUACUGUUCCUGAAGUUGCUUGAAAAUCCUUCAUUGAUAGGGAAGUGACGACCUUGAACUAGACACCCUUGAUCGGUUAAAUUGUUGCCUAAAGGAACACAAUGAUCAUUGUAGAAAGCGUAUGAGGAAAAGAGAAUUCAGCAGUGAUCCUGAAGUUAUAUGGAAAGCAGUCAUUAAGAGCGAAGGGAAGAUCAUGGAACUGGUCACUCUUGAUCUGAAAUGGUUUACCACUGGAAUGUGUUGGUCAGUGUACAAAGCAUAUGAGAAAAGAGCAGGGUCUGGUGGGUGUUUCAUAAAGCUGUUCGUAAGUUAAGAGCGACUUUAAGAACUGGUGAUCCUUUCUUGUGGUAAAUGUUAUAUUCAUUGGUGAUGGUUUAGCGCGUAAGAAAGGAUCACCAGUCGUUCUUAAAGUUGCUCUUAACUUCCGAACAGCUUUAUGAAACGGCCCCCAGGUCUUACAAAGAGUUGUGAUUGAUCCAGUCAACCUCAACUAUAGUAUGUGGGAAUCCAUUAUUGUCAUAACUUUUCAUUCCAAUAAGGAUGAGUAAUACUAUAUUAUAUACAUGUAUGUACAUAGAUGUACAUCGUGCAUUGGCUGAAUAUUGCUCUACUUUGAUGAUCGCGUUCAGACUGACCUCUAAUUUAUUUAGGUAUCAGUUCUCAGAAUAUGGAAGGGGGCUUGGGAAGUGUAUACUGAUGUCAAUUCCCCUCCCCCCCCCCCAUCCCUCUGCGCCUUGGAAUAGUUUACAAGAUAGAUGGCGCAUACAGUAGAUGCUGUGUUUAUUAUCAUUAUAAUUAAUUGGAACUGUGAUAAUGGGAAAUUGUCAUACUUGUUUUGUUAACCUUUUCUACUCCCGGCAUUCCAAGGGUAAAUAUGAAUUAUUUUAUCUUUCAUUUGUAAAAUAUUUUAAAUGUACUUUGCCGUUGAUAAUUUGUAAUAUUACAGUAUCAUGGGCAUAUUUAGAAUUGAGCAGGGUUAUAUAAGAACGCAUUCUCUUGCCUUGCAUUUGAAAUAAAUGUAUGGUGUAGAAUUUGAACUUACUGUAGUUCAAAUUCCAUACAUUUGCAUGAAACGUGUAUAGUGAAAUUUUAAGUACAUGUACAUAUGUGGUUUACAUUGGUUAAAAGUUACGUUGUACAUGUACGUCAUUGAAACCAAUUUUGAUAUUGUGCCAUAAACAAAAUAUGUAUGUGUGUUUAUUUCAUGUUUAUUAUAUUGAUUUUAUAAUUCAGUUCUUGUUCCUAUUCACUUCAAGUGUAUAGUGUUUAAGAUGUUUUCAACUAUAGAUCUGAAAAUGGGAAAUGUGCUCCUUAGACCUUAUCACAGUUCAAUCAUCUCUAUUUUAAAUCUUAUCCCGGGAAUGGCUUUAUGUUAGUCAUUAUUAUUUCAGUAUUAUUAAUGAACAUGUAUUAUAUUUUAGUUUCUUUUUGUGCAAUAUACAUUUGUAGUUUUACUUUAAUAGAAUAUGACCAAAAUCAAUCCAAAUAGCGAAUGGUGCGAUGGUACAAGAUUUUGCAUGAGGUGGAAGAAAGAUGCUCUAUUAAAUGAGGCUAUGUUGCAUGAAUAAGAAUAAUUGCUGUUUGUGCUGUAAAAUGCCUCAGAAGUUAGCGAAAUGAGGAACAAAAUUCUUCCCUAUCAGAUGUAAAUCCAUAAUUAUAGAAAGCAAAGAGUAAGUUCUCUGAUAUUCAAGGGCGCAUCAUAUCUGUAGCGGCAGCACACAGUAGGCCCUACGCGUAUUGCACAGUCUGCAUAGCCUAUCUGUGCAAUGGUCCAUUUUGGAUGGUAUGUGUGCAACGGUACAACUGUCUCACAUUCAUCUUCUAAUUUGCUUGCGUACAAAAAGCUAAGUAGGUGUUGGAAGUUUUUAAAUUAUUCUUGAUAUUUUGGAUUCUAAUGCAUUCAUUUAAGCUGUAUGUAGCUUUUCCACAUGUGGUGUUAAAUUAUACCCCAAAUCUUAAGUAAUUUUUUUUCUUUCUCUUUUUCUAAGAUGCACUGGAAAUGAGGAAGAAGGGAUUUCAAGAUGUCAUGGUUGUGUUGGAGACCACAUGCAAAGGUCAUUUGAGGUCAUACUAUACAUUUACAUAUUAAACUUUAUCUUUAAGACUCUUCUGCAACAAAUAAAUCAAAUGAUGUUAGAAGGUUUGCAUUGUAUUAGCUACCAUGAUAGUGUUUUAUGUUAACUGCGGUUAACCACUAUUGCGAUUUAACUUUACAUCAGUUGCUCAGGUGGAGUGCAAACUAUUAUUCAACGUUCCACACUACCACUCGUGUAAUAAUGAAUUACUUUUGGCCUGCAUGUUCAGACCCUUGUCAGAUAAAAAUCCUGACUCCUAAAAAUCCACAUGAAUUCUAUGUCUGUACUCCUUGCAUCAUCACAUUCUGAAUUUAAUCUUCUUUUAUAAUUUAUCAUCCAACUUAAAGAAUAUAAAAUAUUUAUUUUUGUAUAUACAUGUAUAUUCUUAUAAUAAAUGUGUGUAAAUGUACAA